AUGUUGCCAAUAAAGAAUUUCUUGUAUUUCAAGCCCUGUGUUCGAAUGCUGAGCACCGUCCCUGGAAGUGCCGUUAAGACAUUCUUGAAAGUCAAUCCGUCGACAGUCACCAUCGACUCCACCUGGUAUUUCCCCAAUGAUCCCAGAAAGGCUCUUCCGGAGUUCACCAGGCGUCGCCUCACUGAUAAGACUGUUUUCUUCGAUAUCGAGGACAUCAGCGACCAUUCAAGUCCAUUUCCGCACAUGCUUCCAUUGCAGUCGCAGUUUGAGUCUCAGGUCGGCAAAUUGGGCAUUCAAAACGACUCUACCUUGUUGAUCUACGAUAGGAGCGACGUUUAUAGCUCGUGCAGAGCUUCGUGGAUGUUUGAGGUUUUUGGCCACAGUUUGGAGAAGAUUUACUUGCUUGACACAUUUGCCCAAUCUGAUAUAUCUACAGAUCAACCAAUUAACUCUGUAUCCCAAUUGCCGGAAUCAGAGUACAAGGCUACGUUUGAUAAAUCUAAGGUAGUCUUAUUUGAGGAGCUUGAAGAGCUCGUUUUAUCAGAUAAGAUAGGAAAGGAUUACAACGUGGUCGAUGCAAGGUCUAGUCCAAGAUUUAAAGGCGAAGCUCCAGAAGUCCGUCCAGGCUUAUCGUCGGGACACAUCAAAUAUGCAAUCAAUAUUCCCUUCACAGAGAUUUUGACUCCCGACAAGAAAUUUAAAUCUGCCAGCGAAAUUUUGGAGCGCGCGAGUGCUGCAGGGCUUGACCAAUCAAAGCCCAUCAUUGUUAUGUGUGGCUCUGGAGUGACAGCCUGUGUAGUGAGUGGGCCACCAGGGCUCCGGAAUUGA